UUUUUUUGCACUGGCUCGUUUCUGACUAAGUGUAAACGUUAACUUUUUUUCCCCUUUAUCUUGACCUGUUUACACGGCCGACAGUAGAAGAGCAGGGGACGGUCAGCUUCCAAGAUGUCUGUGGCGGGUUUGAAGAAGCAGUUUUAUAAAGCCAGUCAGAUGGUGAGUGAGAAAGUUGGUGGUGCAGAAGGAACCAAACUAGAUGAGGACUUCAGGGACCUGGAACGGAAGGUUGAUGUGACCAGUAAAGCAGUAGCGGAGGUUAUCUCCAAAACAUCGGAGUACCUUCAGCCCAACCCAGCAUCUCGUGCAAAACUGUCCAUGUUGAACACCAUGUCUAAGAUCCGUGGUCAGGUGAAGAACCCAGGAUAUCCUCAAGCUGAAGGGCUGCUAGGAGAAUGUAUGGCCAAGUAUGGACGGGAACUUGGAGAAGACACUAACUUUGGUGCUGCUCUAGUAGAUGUGGGAGAGGCAAUGAGGCGGUUAGCAGAGGUCAAAGACUCUCUAGACAUCGACGUAAAACAGAACUUUAUUGAUCCAUUACAAACUCUGUGUGACAAGGACCUCAGAGAGAUACAGCACCAUCUGAAGAAGCUUGAAGGCCGUCGGCUGGAUUAUGACUACAAAAAGAAGCGCCAGGGCAAGAUUCCUGAUGAGGAAGUUCGACAGGCCCUUGAAAAGUUUCAUGAGUCAAAGGAAGUGGCUGAGACCAGCAUGUACAACCUGCUGGAGACUGAUAUUGAACAGGUGAGCCAGCUUUCAUCUCUCGUCGAGUCGCAGCUACAUUACCAUAAACAAGCGGUGCAAGUGCUGGAGGAGCUUUCUGAUAAGCUGCGUGACAGGAUGACUGAAGCUCAGUCUCGACCAAGACGAGAGUACAUACCUAAACCCAAACCCAUCUUUGACUUUGGAGAAAACAACCACUCCAAUGGAAGUUACCCAUCCUCAAUGGCGCCUCCUCCUUCACGCAACUCUGCAGAACGGUCCUUUCUCUUUGCAACAUUGUCCUUUCGGAAACCGGGAUUGUCCCCAGAGCAGCCCAGCUGCAAGGCCCUGUAUGACUUUGAGCCAGAGAAUGAGGGGGAGCUGGGCUUCCACGAAGGCGACAUCAUCAUCCUGACCAACCAAAUCGAUGAAAACUGGUACGAGGGCAUGCUGAACGGCCAGUCAGGAUUCUUCCCCCUCAACUACGUCGAGGUCCUUGUUCCAUUGCCACACUAAAACAAAGAGAGCGCUGGAAGGAAUUUAGAGGCGGAAACAUUGUGGUGAAGAAGAAAAGUGAAGAUAUGAGGCGGUCUACAAAGGUUUCAAUUUCACUUUGAGCUUCAUCGUCAUCACCAGAAGCAAGCACUUUUUGUAAACACAAGAUCUGGAUAUGAUAUCAAACCAGAAGACAACUUUUUUUUCUUCAGAAAAACAAAACCCAUCCAGACUAGGACUGUGACAAAACAUCUUAAUCCUUCAUGGGACAGUAGGAAUAAUUCUGUGGGGACUAACUGUUGGCAAUAUAUGAGCAAUACAUUUUUCAUCACAAAUAGGU